GAUUUGCGAAUGUAUACGGUGUAUAUGCGCUAUUAUUCAAUUUACAAUAAUUGUUCUAUACUUGAAUCUACUUGUGAAUUAUAGGUGAGAUCUGAUUAGCGUUUUUUUGAUGCUGAGUUAAUGGUUAAUUUUGUAGGAAUAUAAUCGAUGGGAUUAACGUGGCUUUGGAUAUUUCCUGUUGGAUUGACAUAUUCAUAAGGAUGAGGAUUCAAUACUAUAACAGCGAGGGAGUCCUUGUAAUUGAUAGCUCUAGCGUUAUGUCGAAUUACAUGCGACAUUCCUUCUACAUUGAUGUAUACAGUUCAUUUCCUUAUAAUCUGCUCGGAAUUAGCAUGAUUAUCUCUAAAUCUAAUCACGUGAUCGUCGAAGCGUGCACACUUCUCUUCUCUCGUCCUUUGCAACUUUAUAGAGUGGUAAGUUGAUUGAUUUUAACUACAACUUUAACUGCAAGUUAAUCAUUUCAAGUUUAACGGUAUUUCGUACUUGACGAGCACCUCUAAAAUCUUAUCGGAGGUGAAUGUGAUGCGUUUAAAGUGUUUGCUGCUCAUUUUGGUCAUGGUUUUCAUAAGCUCAAACUUCCUUUUGAUCAUUGCUUGUAAAAUCGAGAAUAACGUUUUGAUUUGCUCCGAGACCAAGUGGACAAGGGCUAACGUCAAGGAAGUGAAUAACUGGAACAUUUUAAUUUUUUGCGUUUACACUGCGGGUCAAUACUUCAUGAGGUAUCAAUCAGCAAUCUUUAGAAGACCUUCGAACCUCCAGUUUGCGUUGAUUACCAUCAUUUCAGUCGUAUUUAUUAUUAUGGCUUGGGGAAUCCUAUCCAUGCUCACCAGUUCUGGAGUAAAGUAUUAAGGAUGCAAUUAUUUCUUUUAAUUAUUAUUUGAAUUAUGUUUAGCUUCACGGUGAAUAUAUUUUGUCGCAACUGCAGAAUGACCGAAAGAACUUUAAGACUUAUGCAAAGAAGGAAUCGAUGAACGAGGCGAUAAUCAGCAGAAUGUUAACAAAUAUGGAAUAUUUGACGGGGAACGUGGAUCAUGCUAACUUGUCUAUGGCCAUUCCGCAUUUUCCGCCGUUGCUCAUCGAAGACCUUUACUUUCAGAUGAACAGUAAAGCUCUGAAGAACUCGAAGGUGUUGUGCAAUGCCUCUUUGGCUUUUCUGCAAUUUAUGGCUUCAAAAUUCACCAGAAAGCUGUACAAAAAAGAUGGUAUUAUCGUGCGAAGAAAUGAUAUCCACGAUGAAUUGUUUUUGGUACGCAAAGGGAUGGUAGAGCUAUCCAUCGCCAAUACCAAGUUGACUACUUUGAAUUAUGGAGGAAUGUUCGGAAGCUUCACCAAAUCCAGUUAAGUGAAAUCAUCAAUACAUAUAUUUCGUAUUUAUUGUUUCUGUUAGAUGUUGGUUUUAUUAGGCAAACUUUAGAAGCUACCGCUGUUCUUCACACUGAGUUAUUGGUGAUUAAGAGUUCCAAUUUCUAUAAAUAUAUAGCGCAAAGUCCUGAGGUGAUGCAUGCCAUGAAGAAGUUCCUCAUGACGAAUCCCGAAUACGCGGAUCCUGUCCAGAAGAUCUACGAGGCAAAUUAUUAUUAUUUUUUAUUAACUAUUUCGUUGUUACUACAUUUUUUUUUCUUUUAGCAAGAAGAUGAAAGCAAAUGUCCUUCAAAGACUGAUGAGAAUUCUUCAAGGCAUGUUACAGCCUAUUUACGAUUGAUCAAUGGAGUAUUCAAAGGAGCAGUUCUCGAAGUAAUUGAAUAUAUUUUGAAUGUACAUCUUUCAUCAAUAUCCGCUAUUUAUACGAUGAUUCUACUUCUAAUAUCCAUGUACCAAAAGAUUGGACACGUAUACUUGUUAUUGUUAGUGUUCAAUUUUUAAACUUAACGAUUUGUUUCACAUUUCUCUUUUCUUAAUAGGUUUUAUAUGUGCGACGUUUUGUUCUACAUAAAAAUAUUUCUUGGAUUCAGCUUGACGUACGUCGAUGAAAAUUCUGGACUUGUUGUGAAGAAUUAUAAGAUGAUUGUUAUACGUUAUUUGAAGAACGAUUUCACUUUGGAUUUUAUUACAAUUGCUACGCCGGAGUUGUAUUUCGGGAUUUUGGUUCACGAUAAUUUUUACCAAUCGUAAAUAUGUUUUUAUAAUUUUGCUGCUCUUACUAUUAUCGAUUAUGUUUUUUAUAGAAUGCUGAUGAGUAAUCGACUUCUGCGAAUUAUUUUCUUAAUUCGUUAUUACCGCACGUUCAGACGAAAGAACAAAUUGACUCAUUACUUGCGGUGGACUUAUCUUGCCUAUCUCUUGCUUUUCUAUAUACAAAUUUGGGGUAAUAUAUGGUGAGUUUGUAGUAUGGUUGCUUUCGGUUGUAACUUAAUUAUUCGUUUGUUGUUAGGUAUUAUACCUCGUGUUAUGGUGAUGCUUGUUAUUAUCGGAAGAAUUUGGCAAGAAAUUCCUACGAAUUUGUUAAAUCCAAUACAAGCAUUAAUUCCAUCAUCUUGGUGUAUUCUUAUGUUUUCAACAUAUUCUCUUCAACAGGAAUAAAGAGUAUAGAACCUUUAAGUGUUACAGAGUACGUCUUAAUAUCCAUCAUGUUCCUGACUACGGUUUUCAUCAUUUGCACCAUAACCUGUGGGUUUGCUGUAAUCCAAGUCAUCGACCAUGAUUCAUUAGGAAAGUACGUUUACAAUAUUGGAGAGAUUAAAACGUACCUUCAGUAUCAAAGGUUAUCACCAGCAAUCUUUAAAAAAGUUUGGAAUUACUAUUUACUUCUCUGGAAGAUCCAAAACGGAGAACAUUUUCCGGCUUUCAUCAACAAUGCUACCAAUUAUUUGAAAGAAGAUAUAAUGUACGAUAUUUACAGUCAUCAUCUGUUAAAUCAUUUUCUAUUAAAAAACACGCACGUCGAUUUCUUGCGGCAAUUGAUGGCGCAUUUCAAGAAAUGCAUGUUUCCGAAGAGCUACGUGAUCGCAGAAAAAGGCGAUAUCGAUUGCUGCAUGUACUUCAUUCAUUCCGGCACAGUGAGCGUUAUAGUUAGAAAUAAAUACGUGGACGAUGAGCUGUACACGUUGAAUAAGAAUCAAUCGUUUGGGGAAUUGCAAGGGUUGAUUUGUUCGAAGCACAAGUACACGUAUAUUGCCAAAACUCACGUGGAUAUAAUUAUGUUGAACAAGAAUGAUUGGGGUUACCUGUUGAAAUUCUUUCCUGCAACUGUGGAAGAGAUUCUGGAAAAAGUCCACGAGCACUUUGGAAUCAGUAAUAUUAAGAUCGAUCAAUAAAUGGGGUGAGAUGUA